GCCGCAUUUUGGGGGCAGUGCUAAAUUCAAAUGUGCUGCGCCUUAACGCACGCCUCGUUUGAGCUCCGCCAGUCUGCUCCUGGUUCCUGCGCAGAGGAUGAACGGGAAGAGCGGGAGGAGACAGUUCAGCAGAGUUUUAGCGUCCGUGGAAAUAUGAUGUUACUCAGUAGAAAUGAUGCACGCAACAGACUCGAGUGACCCGUACAGCCGGCCGGCGCGCAGGACACAAUGGAUCGUCAGCACUCUGGCGUAUCAUUACGGACUGGACCGCGGAGUGGAGAACGAAAUCAUAGUGCUGGCAACGGGCCUGGACCAGUACCUGCAGGAGAUCUUUCAUCACAUGGACUAUCAAGGUGGAGGCAAAAUCUCCGUGGAGGACUUCGGCGUGUUGUGUGACGUGUUGGGUCUUAACAAAGACUCGGAGGAUGAAUGCGCCGGGGUUCUGGACGACCUGCCCAGCGAGCUCACCUUCAGACACUUCCACGCCAAACUGUGCGGCUACUUCAGCACCAAGGCGGGCUGUCCGUACGAGAACGGCCGGCUGCUGGUCGGGAAGGACAGCGAGCACAUCGAGACGCAGAUCCGCCUCAGGAGCCCUCUGCGGCGGCGAGAGAAGCCGUCCGCGGCCGCGAGCGGCGCCGCGCCGUCCCCGGACGGACGCCACGCCUCCGGCUGCAGGCUCGGCUCCUGCACCAGGGAGUGCUACGAGGAGAUCGUGGCGCUGGAGGAAGCGGAGGACCGAAUAACGAAGCUGGAGGACGAGAACGCGAGCUUGAGGGAGCUGAUUGAGGACAUGCGAGCUGCGCUCCAGAGCAGCGACGCGCGCUGCUUGGCUCUGCAGGUAGGACUGUGGAAAAGCCACUCCAAGCAUAAACCUGAGGACGGCUGCUUCGUGGCCCAACACAAGCAAGCAGCACACAACAGCGUGAGCAAUGGAAGCCUGACAUGCAGCACCUACAGCAGCCUGAAGAGCCUGCAGAAAAUCAUCCACGAGAUCGAUGCACUGCAGAGCUCCAGAGACAGGCAGGUGGAGGAAGCCAUGCUGUGCAACCAGAGACUGGAGCAGGAGCUGUGGAGCUCCAAGGAGACCGUGGCCGCGCUGGAGGACUGCAACCGCGGCCUGAAGAGGGAGCAGGCGGGCAUGAGGAGGAAGGUGGAGGAGGCCAGGCAGGCGCUGCUCAGCGGGCUGGCCAAAGUCAAGGACCUGGAGGCCAGAGCCAGCCACGUGCCGGCGCUGCAGAGACACGUGGUGGAGCUGGAGUCGGAGCUGCUGUACUACCGCUCAGAGGCGUCAAAGCUGCAUCGCCCGAGCAGCAGCAGGGCUGAGCAGCAGCUGGGUGCUGGCAGCAGGCCGGGCCAGAGGUGCUGCUUAGACUCCCACCAUGACCGGUGCUCCCCCACAGGCCGCGCUGUGACCACCCCAGACAAAAUGGAGGAGCAGCUGUUUCGCUCGGUCGAGGGCCAGGCCGCCUCUGACGAAGAAGACGACAAGUGGACGGGAGACCAGCAGAGGCAGGUGGAUGAGGUGAAGCGGACCCUGACCCGGCUGUCCUGCUGUGGGGACAGGUGUGAGGACAGGACGUUCAAAAGGCUGAUGUCCAACUACGGCAGCUGGAGGAGUGAGGAGAGCUGCAGCGCCGUGCUGGAGCUGCUGGACCGGGUCACCAGGCUGCACAAGCAGCUGGAGCUGAAGGAGAGGCGGGCGGAGGUGGACAUGGAGCAGAUGAAGGAUUCUCUGGUCAUGGAGCUGCACCAGAAGGCAGAGGAGGCCGAGCUGCUUCAGAUGGAGCUGCAGAUGUUGGAGACAGAGCGGGUUCGCCUGUCGCUGGUGGAGGAGAAACUCGUGGACAUUCUCCAGCUCCUCCAGCAGCUCAGAGACCUGAACGUCUCGCGGAGGUCUCUUGGCAAAAUCUUGCUCAGCACCUUGGAGUCCUGCAAUGACCCACAACACGGAAAAGCCCACAUCCUGGAGGUGCUGAACGCUCUCUUCCACGAACUGGCUGCCUGUGAGAUCCUGUCCACCGGUGGACCUCUGGAGCGGACACACAGUCAGCAGUCGCUCAACACACUGCUCAUCUCCUGCUAAUGGAGGACGCCCCCUCCUGGCCCAGCCAUGUUCCAACAUCCUUUCUGCAGGACACUGGAGGCAGCAUCAGUGGUCAGAGUAGACUGUGACGUGUGUGGUGUAUUAUAGUGUAGCUCACAUUGCCUCUUGGACCUUUGUAAACCCCACAACAUUUCAAUUCCUUCAUAGGACCUGAAAUGUGGUACAACAAGCUAGAGACAAUAAAGCAAUAUUAAGUAUUUGUGGGUGAGAAGACGAAUGACUCUGAGCAUAGGGUGUCAUGGCUCACACCACAGAUACCUGGAGACUUUGGAACUGCUUUCUGUUUCUCACCAGUCAGUAGUCAGGUCUGGUCACAUUGUUUACUGCCCUCCUCAGCUGAACAGGGGUGCAAGCAGGAAGUGACCACAUGCAUUUAAAUACUAUAUCAAAAGUAAAAGGUAAGUGAGCACUUGGUGCCACUUGAUAUACUCCUUAGAAGCUAUUACUUAUAAAGGGAUGUAAUUUUAGAAUCUUGACAAUGAUAGUGAUAGAUGUGUUUCCAUUUAAAGGGAUUUCUUGCUCAUAUUUGUUUUUGUCUAAAAGCUUUUAUUGCACAUAACUCCUGUGUUUUUGUAAUUUUCCCUCAACAAUAAUGAAUGUGAAACUGUUGAAAUAAGCUAAAGUUAAACAUAGACAUGAAGGAGCCUCUGGAAUUGAUCAGCCUCCAGCUGGGAUUCCAACGUCUCCACAGGAUUUACUAGUUACUUCUCAGGAUGCCAAAAGGUUUCAUUACGGCAAACACAUCUACAAAGUGCAUCAAGGCAGUCAGUCACUUUUCUGGUUACAACAACAGUUGGGUUAUUUUGCAGCCCUUCUGUGUUGUUCAAUGGUGCAUUUACAUCGUCGCAUUAACAUUAGUACUUGUUUUACAGCCCAAUGACUUAUAUAGAAGUUGCGUUCGCACCAAAGUGAACUGGAGUUGGCCAGUUCUGGUCCCAUAAUGCAACAGUGUCUACGCUAAGCUGCCUCAUGCAUACGUCUCACUAUAACCAACAGGCACAGCUUCACUGAAACACUCAUUCUGGAAGACGAAACUUGUUCAUUUAAGUUGAGUUGGAUCAACUGUGCUGUCAUUGCUUUCCUCAACCUGGUGCCAUGAAUACAUCACUCAUAGAUGUCACUGAUGCCAAUAAAGCCUCUAAAUAUA